AUGGCUGGGCUUUGGGCAGCAUGCACUUUGCUGGCUGUGAUCUCUUCAGCAUGGGCGGAUAAAACCGCGGCUGAUUACUUUGUCCAUUCGCUACCAGGACAGCCAGAUGGCCCUCUCCUGAAGAUGCACGCUGGGCAUAUUGAGGUUACUCCUGAACAUAACGGACACAUGUUUUUCUGGCACUAUCAGAACCGACACAUCGCCGACCGACCACGAACCGUCAUUUGGCUCAAUGGUGGGCCGGGAUGCAGCUCAAUGGACGGGGCAUUGAUGGAGUUGGGCCCUUACCGAGUAAGAGAGGGAGGAAAACUGGCUUACAACGAAGGUUCCUGGGACGAGUUCGCCAACCUAUUAUUUGUGGACAACCCGGUCGGUACUGGCUUCAGCUACGUAAAUACGGACAGCUAUGUCCACGAACUGCCGGAGAUGGCCAACCAAUUUGUUACUUUCAUGGAAAAGUGGCUCGAGCUAUUUCCACAGUAUGAAAACGACGAUCUCUACAUCGCAGGCGAAUCCUAUGCUGGACAAUACAUUCCUUACAUCACAAGGGCUAUUUUGGAUCGCAAUGCCAAAUCGAAGAAUCAGGGGAAGCGGGUAUGGAACCUCAAAGGCCUCUUGAUCGGGAAUGGCUGGAUUGCUCCAGCAGAACAAUACCAGGCCUACCUCCGGUUUGCCUACCAGUCUAAUCUAAUCCAAGGCGGUACUCCCGAGGCGGAUAAAGUUGAGGCGGCGCAAGUAACCUGCAUCAACGAACUUGCUAAACCUGGCGGGACGGAAACGGUGGAUGUCAGUGCAUGCGAGGCUGUUCUUUCUACGAUUCUCGACGUGUCCAAGGUGGACGGCAUGUGUUACAACAUGUACGACAUCACUCUCAAGGACAAGUGGCCAUCAUGCGGAAUGGCCUGGCCUCCAGAUUUGGAGACCGUGACGCCUUAUCUGCGCCAGGACGAUGUUCUUGCGGCUCUGCACGUGAAUCCCGACAAACGGACUGGGUGGGUUGAAUGUUCGGGGGCUGUUUCAUCUUCGUUCCGGGCUAGGAACUCGAAACCGAGUGUUCAACUACUCCCAGGCAUUCUUGAGGAAGGCAUCCCAGUGCUAUUGUUCAGUGGCGCGAACGACCUGAUCUGCAAUCAUCUUGGAACUGAGGACUUCGUCAACAACAUGCAGUGGCUAGGAGGCAAAGGAUUUGAGCUCGCUCCUGGGGUAAUAGCUCCUAAACGCGAUUGGGAAUUUGAAGGUGAACCAGCUGGGGUGUAUCAAGAAGCAAGAAACCUCACCUAUGUCAAAUUCUACAAUUCGAGUCAUAUGGUGCCCUUCGACUACCCUCGACGGACCCGUGACAUGCUUGAUCGAUUUAUUGGGGUGAAUGUCACAGGGAUUGGUGGUCAGCCGACCGACAGCUUCAUUGAUGGUGAUAAGGUGGGCACUGAAACAGAGGUUGAAAAGCCAGCCAACAGCACCGUACCCGUCACCGCCGAAGAGCAGAGCCAAAAACUCAAAGACGCCGAACUCGAAGCCUACUAUCGCAGCGGCGAGGCAGCUCUGGUGUUUGUGCUCAUUGCCGCAGGCUUGUUUGGUUGGUGGGUGUGGCGAGGAAGGAGAAAGGCCCGAAGUCAAGGGUAUAUCAGCGUCCCGCUUGCCAACAGCUCGAUGCGAAAAGGCCGCGGAGACGUGGAAGCGGGGGAUUUUGAUGAGAGUGAGUUGGACGACCUAGAGUCGAGCCGGCGACAUGGUAAUAUGCAAUCCCAACGCUAUGAUCUGGCAAGCGAUAGUGAGGAUGAAGAUACCGUUGUUCAGCAUGAUGAUGGUAAGGGAGAGCGAUCCAGCCCUCGGUGA